AUGGAGACCGAAAGCUCGGGACUAACGAAACAGUCAAUUGUGAAGUACCUGGAAGAGAGUGUGAAGGUUGCUCAUGAGGCGAAACUGAAUGGCAAGCAUCCGUUUGGGUGUGUCUUAAUAGGCCCUAAUGAUGAAAUUCUGCUCAGGCAAGGGAACAUAGAUACGUUCAAUCACGCGGAAUCAACCUUGUGCAGAGAGGCGGCUGCCAAAUUUUCCUCAGACUUCUUGUGGGGUUGCACAUUGGUUACAAACUUCGAGCCGUGCUGCAUGUGUGCAGGUUCAGUUUAUUGGGCCAACAUAGGGCGGAUUCUGUAUGGGGCAUCCGAAGAAGUUUUAUUGGGGCUCACGGGGUCUGCCGAGGAGAACAUGACGAUGUCAUUAGACUGCAGGACGGUUGUAGGAUCGGGACAAAAGGCAAUUGAGGUGAUUGGCCCAGUCCCCGAGAUGGAACAAGCGAUAUUGAGCGAUCAUCGAGGAUUCUGGGACUGA